UUCACUCUCGACUUAUCUCCCUCUUCCUUUCUUAUGGUGGCAGCGAGGUAAACGAUGACAAAGACAAUGGUGAUGAGUGAAUGAAGGAAGGUGACGAUGAGCGAAUGAGAUACUGCGCGGAUGGCAACGAAAAUUGUUCUGGGAAUCGGAGGUUUGGAAAUGGAAAUGGAAUUAAAUUCCAUGUUAAACUUAAAUGGCUGUUUGGUAUGUCAUAUUUGGAUCCACAUAAAUUUAAUUCAAUAAAAAUGGUGAAUAAUUCCAUGGAAUUCAAGAUUUGGCCUUCUCAAUUUUCAUUUCUAUCCUCAAAUGCUAACCCUAUCAGCACUGCCCACCGCCGGUGACCACAACACACUGCCGGCGAGCACAACCUAGAAGACUCUUCAUCAUUCGCACUAUUCUUCGGUGGGCACAACCCAAAACAAUGUGGAUCUGAGUUCAUUAUAGUUUAUUUCGAAGAAGAAUGCAAACGUGUAGGUCAUCAUCGGGAGUAACAGGGGCCCGUUUGGUACGCUCAUUUUCUCUUUAUGUGUAGCGCUUGUAGUAAAAUAGGAAAAGAAAGCUGCAGGUGAUUUCAUACUAAAUGUUCUGUUACAAUUGACUGGUAUAAUAUUCCUCUCCGAAGCUUGGAACUAUCCACAGCAUCUAGGAGAUCUUGGGUGGUCUGGUUGGGAUGAUUGUGUAAAAUGACAAAAAUAUUUUGUCUUUAUGCUAUAUUUUGCAUGGUGGAUCCCCAAUGAAUAGCGAUGCCAUCCCAGCUUUCGAGUCUCGCUCCGGCUUUGACUCUCUUCCCAAGCCUGAAACCCCCUCACAAAACCCUACUUUUUCACCAAAUCUUAGUUCUUGUUAUCACAUUCCUUGCAUAUGCUUCCUUCCAUGCCUCCCGAAAGCCUCCCAGUAUUGUGAAGAGUGUUCUGGGACCGACGAUUAAUUCCAAUUCGACUCAAGGUUCUAUUAUCGGACCCGGCGAAACAGGUUGGCCUCCGUUCAAUGGAGAUAGGGGAACUCACCGGCUUGGCGAGCUGGAUCUCGCUUUUCUUUCUUCCUACGCUGUGGGCAUGUACGUGGCAGGUCAUAUUGGUGAUCGAAUUGAUUUGAGGUUGUUCCUUGUAUUUGGGAUGAUGGGUAGUGGCAUUUUUACCAUACUUUUUGGCUUAGGCUAUUGGUUUGAUAUUCAUGUGUUGGGGUUUUUUAUUGGAGUUCAAAUUAUUUGUGGGUUGUUUCAGUCAAUAGGGUGGCCUUGUGUGGUUGCAGUCGUGGGUAAUUGGUUUGGAAAAUCAAAGCGGGGCUUGAUAAUGGGGAUAUGGAGUUCUCAUACCUCAGUUGGGAACAUCAUUGGUUCGAUUGUUGCCUCUGCAGUGUUAGAAUUCGGAUGGGGUUGGUCCUUUGUGGUGCCUGGACUUCUUAUCAUUUGUAUGGGGAUUCUGGUGUAUGUGUUUCUUGUUGUGAGUCCAGAGGACAUGGGAUUUGUGCAAUCUGCAAGUGAGAUUGAAAUGAAUGUAGAAACAGAUGGAGUAGAGAAUGUGCAAAAAUCGGAAACAGAGGAAGCAAAACUCCUUGAUUCUGAUGAUUCGGAUUCUUCAUCUGCACUUGGGUUUUUUGAGGCGUGGAAGUUACCUGGGGUGGCUGCAUUUGCCUUUUGUCUCUUUUUCUCUAAGCUGGUUGCUUACACUUUUCUCUAUUGGUUGCCCUUCUACAUUACGCACACAGCUGUUGCGGGUGUGCAUUUGUCUAAAAAAUCUGCUGGAAUACUUUCAACAAUAUUUGACAUUGGAGGAGUUCUUGGUGGAGUUAUGGCUGGCUUCAUUUCUGACAUGAUUGAAGCUCGGGCCGUUACUUCUAUCAUAUUCUUGUUCCUAUCAAUUCCAAUGCUGGUUCUCUACCGGCUUUAUGGGAGCCUCUCUAUGUUGAUCAACAUUGCGUUGAUGUUCCUUUCGGGCUUUUUGGUGAAUGGUCCGUAUGCACUAAUCACAACUGCUGUGGCAGCUGAUCUUGGUACACAGACGUUGAAUCAAGGGAAUUCACGAGCACUGGCAACUGUGACUGCAAUCAUUGACGGUACUGGUUCUGUUGGAGCCGCUCUUGGUCCACUCUUGGCAGGGUAUAUUUCUAUUAGGGGAUGGAACAGUGUCUUCUUUAUGCUAAUUCUGUCUAUUUUCCUUGCUGGCUUGUUCCUAGUUCGUGUGGCAAGAAUUGAGAUCAGAGAUAAGAUGAAUGCAAGAAAGUGAUUUUGGAAAUAGAAUGGUAGAAAUACAUUUUUGUUCAUUUAGGCUAGGGAUGCCAUUGGUGUUUUAUAUGUUAGAGAAGUCACAGGAUAUGAAAUACAGAUGAGGUCAUUAUCAUUCAACUUUGUAUUAUUUACUCAUUCUUUGUUCACUGAUACAAAAUAUAUAAUAUUGGUUGAUUUUGUUUUUUAAGAGUGAUAA